AUGACGGCCGAUCCAAAAACUGCACUUGUGCCCCCUAAGAGAACUAAUACUGACUACCCGCUGAUUGACUCUGACCCGCACCUGAGGCGGGUAUUUGGAUAUGCGAGGCCCUCAGACUAUAUUAUUGCUGGUGGAGCUGCUGCCGCCUCUCCUCUUGCAUUCUGGGCCAUGGAGAGAGUAAGCCCUUCGCAUGUAGGCAGGGGAGGCUUUGCUCCCGUGAUGAGACUAGCAACAGCAAUCGGCAUCAUUGGAGGCUUGCACAUCCUUUACCAGAGAUCUUGCAAUCGCUUCUAUGGAUUCACCGAAAAUUCGAGAGAGGCUGAUAUGGAUAUGAGGGAAAUGGUGGACAAAGUCAAGCACGGCGAGCCUCUUUACGGGUCCUCGAAGGUAUCGUCUUACUUGCAAGGGGUUGCGGCCAGGAACUCCCGAUUCUCGGAACUCUUCAUCCACGUUAUUCCAUGGUUCAACAUUGUUAACCAUGACCAGCAUGGGGUUGAUACAGCUAAAUAUUAUCAACAAGCCGAGCGAGAGCUUGAGGCCGACCGCCUGGCAAGCGCCAACUCGGCAUAA